ACUUCCGUUCUCUGUGUCCUCGGGUUAUUACAAAUCCGCCAUUUUCCUCUUAGUUUGUAUUAUAUGUUCGGAGUAAAAGGCUCAAGGUUUUUGUUGAACCUUCCGAGGCAUGAGUGACAGGGAGCAUAGCCCGAGUCAAAGCGGAUCUAAUCACAGCCCAGCGGCUAAUGAUAAGAGCCCUUCACCAGCGAGAUCGAAAGAAGAAAGUCGGAGUCGUUCGCGGUCGAAUAGCCCGCGCAGGUCACACCAUCGGGGAAAGUCAUACUCACGGUCUAGGAGUCACUCUCGUUCAAGGAAGAUGUCGUAUCGCGGGCGUUACAGAUCCCGCAGUCGUUCACGCUCACCCAAGCGCUAUAGAUCCCGCUACUCCCACUCACGAUCUCGCUCCUACAGCCCUCGCGGCAAGUACUAUGGCUACAGUGACAGGCGGAAAGAGUUCUACCGUAGCCAUUCCAGAAGCCCGAUGUCAUCAAGACGUCGGCACAUUGGUAGCAGGAGUCUGGACUGGCAGGAAGAGUGGAGCAAUGGCGGUCAGAUGGGGAGAGACAGAAGUUGGCAAGCAAUGAUGAGUGCUCGGGACAACCCUCAGCCAAGUAGGUGUCUGGGUGUGUUUGGCUUGAGCAUCUAUACAACGGAGCAGCAGCUACACCACAUCAUGUCGAAGUAUGGUCCUGUGGAACGUGUUCAAGUUGUCAUAGAUGCUAAGACUGGUCGUUCCAGAGGAUUCUCAUUUGUGUACUUCGAAAGUUCUGAAGAUGCGAAGGUGGCCAAAGAACAGUGCACAGGGAUGGAAAUAGAUGGACGUAGAAUCAGAGUUGAUUUCUCAAUAACGCAGAGAGCUCACACACCAACACCUGGAAUUUACAUGGGGAAACCCACUUAUAUGGCUGAAGGUCGGGGACAGUGGUCAAGACCUAAAGGCGACAAUGACUACUACGGAGGCUACCGGGGGGGAGGAGGCGGCGGAGGCUACAGGGGCAGGUCACCGUCUCCCUACUAUCGUAGGCGGCGCUACGAGCGGUCUCGUUCGCGCUCCUAUUCCCCACGUUUUGAAGCAAGAGGUAUUGGAUAAAGAAGUUAGAAGUUAUGAAACAAAAAUAUGGUAGCAAGUUAUGUUGGGGAAGAAAUGAAAAAAGAAAGCAUCAUUCAAGUCUUGAAGCACUCUUGACAAAGAAUAUGAUCUGAAAGUUGCAAAGGUGGGAAGUUUUCAAGCCAAAUUUGUUGCGAAGAUGUUUGUGGGGUUUGACUUAGUUAACGAAAAUGAAGAGCGUGCAUUGUUUGAAGUUAGUCAUGUUUUCAAGACAUGAAAGUUAAGCUGCAAGCUCUGAAAAGUGAGGGAAGUAAUGGGAAGGUUGAAGCUGCGUGAGAAAAUAGAAGAAAAACAAACCGUAAGUUUUUUAUAAGGGAAGGGGAUAGUUGAACCAAAUUACGUAUUCAGGAAAAUCUAGAAAUGCUUAUAGACUUUCAGUGGAAAAAAAAAUUAUUUUUUGUAUUUUAUCACUAUUCUUAAACAUUCUAUCAGAAUUCUAAUAAAUAAUCAAAAUGGUUUGAAAAAAAACAGGCCUACGCUUUAUUUUGUAGGAUUGAUCAUAUUCUUUAUCAUUUUACAAUACAUUUUCUGGGUACCAGGUAGUUUUUUUGCACUUAACCUUUUGUUGCAACAAAAUAACUUAUUUUUGAUAAUUCACUGGGUAAGGCAUUGGAUUUUCAACAUGAAGUGGUCAGCUUUUAUAGGCACUUAAUGUUGGUUUUAAUAUGUGCAGUGUUUUUUUUAUGUUAGGUGCUGUCUUGAUUCUUCAGCCUGUGUGGGUGAAUGGUGGAGUGAAGUAUGUUUUAAUAGUUUUAAAUUCUUGACUAAUUGAAGAGCAUAAUAAAAGGUCAUGCUAGUUUACUUACGUGUCAGAUUGAGGUCACAGUGCUCUUCGUGUACAUAUUUUGUCUUCAUAAAUGGAGUUUUCCAAUUAAUAUUGCUUUUACAACUUUGAACAUCACUACUAACUAAAACAUGCUUUUCUCUAAAAUAUUUGUUCUUACCCUGUUUAGUUAAUCUGUUUCAUUUCAGCAUUUUAGAAUCUUCAUGACUAGUUCAUAUUAAAUUUUAUAAUUUAAAGAAGGUUAGGUACCAAUAUUAGGUUUUGUAAUAAUUCUUGCAUCAAAUGUGCAGAAGUAAUUGAGAAAAGGUGAUAUGAAUCAUUGUCAGCCUUUGGUUCUGACAAGUAGGUAGAAGUAAUUACAACCACUCCUGUAGCAUGUGUUAUAAAAUAGCUUGCAAGUAUGUACUAUGUUGAAACAGUAUUUAACCUCAUAUGAGUGAAAUAUUUCUACAAAAUAUAUUAUUUUUUGUGGCCUA